GGUGGACUUGAAGCCCAUCCAAGGAUACGAACAUUCUGAACCUGGUGAUCUGAAGCAUCGCAUUUGCUUGCUUGGCCAUCGUGAUGCUGGUUUUUCAUCAUAGAUCCGUUUCUCCCAAAUUAGAGAACGUAGUCUUCUCCCAGAAUCGACUGUUCCAAGAAGCCGACGUGCAAGGGCUGGGAAGAGCUUCAAGUGUGCAAGAAGAAGUGAUGAUCAGGAGGAGCUAUGGACGAGGUCAUGACGAGAGGUCAAGCACCGGCUAUCUCAUGAUGGAUCCCCGCCAUCUUCGUUCGCUGAUGACCGAAAGCAACCCUCACUGAAGCAGCUCUUGUCUCAGAGGACUACAGAUCAUUCUCCUGAAUAACUCGGAGGAGCCCAUCAUUGUCUAUGAAACCUCUGUUGCUAUACGAAAGACUCGCGCUUUCGUGGAAGGUGCUGAAUAUCACUCUAUCGUCUUCUGGAGUUUAAAUUUUGCAUCAGAUAAUGGCGAAAAAGGGUGAAAAUGGCUACAGUCGUUGAGAAGAAAAGAUCAUCAUGCAGAAAUUGGAAGCAAAGCUGUGUGCUUGUCCAUCCUCUGGGUCCACAACAGCUCAGCACAUUUCGAGAUUGAGUCACUAGCUUAUGACCGGGGUGCCAUCGAUCAAAGGCGGUGCUGUUGGUAUGCUCUUGGACUGUCGGUGCUUGCUUGGCCCAACUGCUGCAAGACGAGAAGGGUCUAAAGUUAGAUAUCACGUUACACAUCAUCUGGUCACAACAGAGAAUGGAACCUACUCUGCCUUGCCCAUCCAUGAUUCCCAUGCAGCUCACGCCCAAGCCCAUUCCCGGCCUGGACCUGUGGCCUUCAACUGUUUCUCCUUGUACCAGGGACCUCAGAUUCCUCAGCACAAGACCUCUUGGAUCUACACUCAAUCCAGUGAUGGAGUUCAUGUCCAUAUGUCGCUGCAUAACAACAACAGCAUAGACAACCUCCAUAAGUGUGAUUGAUGCACACUACCCAAACACUCUAGGUUUAAACUUCACACCAUAUACACGAAUUAGAUUAUCCAGUUGAGCACUUUAGAUUUCUUAUGUACACAUCCUCUGCGACGAUCUGAUGUUGAUGUUUCUUCUCCGCGGGCUCUUUGAGGCUUUUUGAACCUUGAGCCCACGAUGAGUUCAGACCACAGCACAAGAGAUGAUCUUGAACUUCGAAUAAGAGGUGUGAAGGUGAUCACGUCCUGAAGUUUUGUUUGCAUCCCCUUCAGUAAGUUAUAUUCUUUUGUUGUAAUAGUGCCACUUCUUGAGAGACGAGAUUUGGCCAAGCGGUAAUAAUAGAUAGCAAAUGGAUAACCAAAUGAGACAUGACAGGUUUCAAAUUCAUUUAUGGAAUUAAGCAGCAGGAUCCACUGACUCGAAGGAUACGCCUGAAUAGGUUCAUCAAUAUACAUCUGCGUGCGAGACCUGGAUAAUAUCAAUUGGUCUGGCCUUGGAAUAGUUGGGAAGUCUUAGGGUAUAUGUUUUCAAUAUGUUUACUUUGAU